AUUUAUAGUCCAGCUGGCAUUUUUCAAUAGUUCUAUAAAAUCUUCGUCCCGUAACCUUAUUUCAAGAACUCUUCCGCUUCUCAAACCCAAACAAAUUCAUGCUUCACUAGUAAAGCUGUUGAAGCCAUAACUAUCUUCAGAGAAAGCAUAAUACAAAACCUACAUACCUUUCCACCACACCUUCACCAUGAACCCAACGCAGAAGUCACCAGAGAGAGCUUUCGCUCUUCAAAAAUACCUCCUCCUUCACUCCCAACAUGAUGCUCUUCAAAAGCAUCUCAGCCAAAUCUCAACAGGCAUCCCAACCACAUCCUCGACCUCAAGAUCUCCCGACCGAUAUCGACAUGCUUCUCUAUCCUCUUCACCUGGCUCAGGUACAGAAGAUAGCAUGUUCCUAUCGUCUUCCCCGCCAAGAGUGAUCCGAAACCAUCACCGCAGUGGCAGCAUUCCCUCAUCCCGCAAACGCCCUGCCAUGACCAAAAGACGAUCCUCGCUACCGACCGUUAUCGACGAGAGCCUCAUCGGAGAGAUCGAGGAGGACGAGAUGAAAUUGAAAGACGUCAAUCUACAAAUCAAAAGCACCUUGACGGAGCUCCUGAACUGCGAGUCGGUCAGAUCCGACGACAGAUACCGUACCUGGGUUCAGACAAGAUUGAUGGAUGCCGAGAGAGAGUUGAAGGUUUCGAGAACUAGAAGCUGUGAGCGAAGGAGAAGCGAAGAUAUUUCAGGAAUGAUGCUAUAAUAAUUGUUGGUGGCUGGGACUUAGAUGAGGCGAGCUGCCAAUGCAUAGGUACGGACGUAAAGGAGUUCUUGGGACAGGAUCAGAUAUGGCGAGAAAUAUGGUUCAACAUUAUGUAUUAGAUACCCAAGACUGUUUUUUGAACAGAUCUUAUUGAAUGGAUGCGUUGCUUUUACACAUCAUCUGCGCGUCGUCAUCUUAUGUGAAUAGCUUGUAGCCACGAGAUGUCU